ACAAAGACUGAGGCGGUGCUGGUUCGGUCCCAGUGUUUUGGUGCACACGGAGAAACUCGUAUUGGAAAUGCAUUUAAGACACAACGGACACAGCUUCGGUGUUCUGCUCAUUUACACCUUCGCCUCAUUAAGUUUACGUCCAGCGGGCCGGUGUGAGGCCGCCGCUCGCUCCUCCCGAACCGAGCCUCAUUCAGCUUCUAGUACCGACACGAGCCGCGUUUUGACGACCACCAGCCCCAGCCGGGAGGUCCUACAGCUGGGCUCCACGCCCGGAGAACCCUCUGAGGAGAACUGGGCCGAGACGACGGCCAACACCUCCGGAGCAAGACCCGAACAGAGGCUCAGACCCAGAAUGGUUCCGUCUCCCAGCGAGACACGUCUGAUGACCCGGUUCAGAGCGAGGCACGCUGACGGGAUGUGGGGCUUCUCCUCACCCCCGGAUGGGAACUGCAGCAAGGGCAGGAUCAGGCAGGUGGUCCACGGAGAGUUCUACGUGGCGGGUCAGCUCGAACAGAACCUGCCGAACCAGGGCUACCAGGCGGACUCUGCUGGUUCAGUCCAGGCUCAGGGAGGCCAGGCCAGGGUCAGGGGUCAGCGGGUCAGCAGCUCUGUGGAGAGCUGGCAGAAGCUGCACCCGGUGGUGGAGUGUGGAGACGACGCCAUGACCCUCACCGUCAGGAGGCGGCGGGCGGCGCUGCUGCUGCUGGACCGAGCCAAUGAUUCGUCGGUGCCGCUGUCCCAGCUGCCGCCACAGUGCGGCUACUCUGUCCAGACCACGUGGAGAGACCUCAGUCUGAUGGCUCAGUACGAUGCCUGCUACGUCACUCAAGAGGAUGACAGCUAUGUGCUGCCUCUGCUGUGGCUGGGGACUCCAGUCAAGAUGUCCUGUCCGGUCUCUCGGAUCAAACCUCCGACCGCCGGGCCGUCCUCGCUCUGCUGCUCGCCGUACGGCAUGACUGUCAAGCUGCAGGGGCCGGCUGCUGCAGAGGAGAUGAAGAUAGAUGUGAGAGGAGAGUGGACGUCCUUGGCGCUGCUGGUCGAGCAGUGUGGCUACACGAUGGAGCAACGGGACGGGGAGAUCGUAAUCGCUGCUCCGUUCAUUACGUGUGGCAUCACGGUGAAGGGUGGAAAAUACACACUUUCUCUUCAAAUAGGAAAGAAGAUCUUCACACUGGCCUGCCCCGUCUCGCCCUCCCUAGAAGUCCCCGUUACCCAUCAGCCCCAGGUUGGCGGCGCUCCUCAUCUAACCGAGAGGGGGGCAGCAAAGCCAGUGUUAGGCUCUCUGGAGUCUUUUCCGUUGGCCCCGCCCUACUACCUGGCCCCGCCUUACUAUCCUCACCCCACAUAUGACCACAGCUACGCUAGUCCUGAAGUCCACCACUCGUACAAUCCUCCUACUCUGACGUCUUUGCCUCCUGAACCCACAUUUAGUUCCCAGCCUCUCCCUCCUGCUGACUCCCAGCCAGGCUAUCUGGACUUCUACUCCCCCCAGAUUCCUCUGAGGAUGCCGUACGAACACUUCCACACUUCUCUGACUUCUAGAGAGGAAAUGGAGGAUUCAAGUCAAGCGUAUCCAGGUCAAAAGCAAAACGAAGAAGCUCCUCUCUUGGAUCUCUCUGAGAAGCAAAGUGCUACUCCCACAGGCUUUCCAGCUCAGGCCGAAGCUCAUCAAAUCCAGCCUCCGAGCCUCGAUUUCAGCCCAUACUACCACUACUACCAUCACCCCAAAAUCCCUCGUCCCGGCCCACCUCAAGGCCCUGGUCCUGGGCCGGAGGUUUCCGGAGAACAGUCUUUGACUAAGUAUCUUGAAUUUCCAGUGUUGCCUCCCAACGUCCAGCCGUUUCCUCCACAUGUUGCUGGUUCUCAUCCUUACACCUUCCCAACAAGUCCUGCGUUUGCUCACAUAACCCCGUCACUUAAUGCGUCCUACCUGCUACAGCCUUAUCUGUACAACUACUUCUACUACUUUCCACACAUUGUGACGGCCAACGCCGAGCGAUUGGCUGGGCUACAUCCAGCUGCAAAGACAAAUUCGUCCUUUGCACCCUCACUUCCUCUUUCACCAACGCUUUCAGUCCACGACGAACACAGCUCGAGCCCCUAUGCGCACCAGUCGAAUGCAGAUAAAGCGUUCAACACGGGAACGUACAGCCUGGAAUGGAUCACACGUCCAGUUUUGCUGGAUGACGAUAAGAGACUCUCGGCGUCGGUGAGUUCCUCUGUGGAGGUUUCACAGAGUUACCCUCAUGGACCGGUUCCUCCGCCUGAACAACCGUCGCUCCCCUCUCCACCCGUCAUCUAUAAUCCUGACCUUUACCAACAGUACUACCAAGCUUACUACGACUACUACCGGACGUAUUACGGACCGGAGGGUUUGCUUGGCGCAGCGUCUCCAACAGCCAGAACUCCCGACCCCCUGCUUCAGGCGUUUUCCCCUCCAGCUCAGCAACCAUCCAAUCACGAACAUCCAACCGCCACAGCAGAAUCAGUGUAUGAUGUUCAACGUGAGCUGCUCCGUCCUUACUACUACUACUACCACCACUACUACCAGCCUCAAGCGUCCAAAGACGAGCAGCAUCCUACCGUCAGCAAUGAAAAAGCCGAAUCUGGAUCUCUGCAUCCCUCAGACUUCGAUUUGAUGGAGUGGUUAUUUAACGCUGCUGAGGCAGGAUAUUCCAGCAUCCCUCUGCCUCCUCACGGUCCCUUCCAUGGCCUAGACUCCCAUCAUUUUACUCAUCAUCCUCCCUACGAUCUGUUUCUGCCGCCUGGUGGAGAAGAAGCGGUGAGAGAUCAGUCGGGGGCCUACGUGGACGUUCCCUUCGCCUCACCCUGUGGCCUUGGACCGGCGUCAGAGUUCGACUGCAGCGCCUCUUUGGGCUGUUGUUCGCAUUCUGUGAAGGAGCCGACCGACUGCGCCGUGGGCCAGUAUUUUGUGUUUGCGGUGCCGGACUCUGUGCUGGAUCCCGCCGUGGCCCGUCCGGCUCGGUCCUCUGAGGCCAGCAAUGUGUCCUGCACGCUGCAGAGGCUGACCUCCGACCUCGACAUCUACGCCGUGCCCCAGGACGGCUGUGGAGUAAACAAACAUAUGUUUGGUGAGACGGUGCUUCAUCUUCUGGAAGUCCAGGGUGUCCAUUCUUACCAAGACGCCAACUCUGCACACGGGAGCUCACCUGUCAGGCUGAUGGUGGGAUGCAGCUCCUCGGCUGGUUCUCCAGGAGAAGUUUGGUUCCACGUGAUGAACCAACCGACUCUGCCUCCCGCUCAGCCAACUCCAGCCGCUGCCGCUGUGCAGCUGAGGAUUGCCACAGACGAGUCCUUCACCAGCUUCCACCCUGAAGCUCACCUUCCUCUCAGCCUGAUGCGAGGCCGACCGGUUUACGUGGAGGCGAGCCUGCAGGCGUCCCCGGAUCCCAACCUGGUGCUGCUGGUCCACUCCUGCCUGGCGUACACUCAGGUUCCCUACGCCAGCUGGAUCCCUGUUUACGACGGCUGUUCCAGCCGCGGCGUUUCGCAGCUGCUUCCUUCCCCAAACUCCCACCACAUCCGGAGGAUCGCAAUUUCCAGUUUCUUAUCUCAUCCCCUGGAAGGUUCACCCUACUCUCUCCUGCAAGACCCAGAGAUCUACUUUUCAUGCCUGACAGAAGUGUGCUCUGCUGCCGACAGCGACUGUACUGUACGCUGUCCGAAAGGUCCUAACGGUGACGUGUGAGCAAUGAAAUAAAGACACUUUGACACAGCUGCCAUGUUGUUUUUUUGUGGUUUUAUGGAAACAAGUACAAUUUUCUACAGAGUAUUAAGUUCAAAAACGUGUGAACUUAACGAUAUAGUGCAAUGCAACAGUUAGUAGCUACGGAGAAGGAACAAGCAGUUUUCUUUCUGUGUGCAUUACGUUGGUCACAGAGUGGAACGAAUAGGAAUGAAAGGUUCAGCUUUACUGUUGUUCUCAGUAUCAAACAUGCACAUCCAGAAAAAAA